AUGUCUAAUGAAGAAAUGGAAUGUAAAAAACAUUUUAUAGAAAAUACACACCGCAACGAAGAGGGUAGAUUUGUAGUAAGCAUACCAUUGAAGGAAAAUGUUAGUAAACUUGAUGAAUCAAAAGAAAUAGCUCAAAGACGUUUUAUUUCUCUCGAAAGAAAAUUAAAAAAAGAUCCUAAACUCAGAGAACAAUAUUCAGCAUUCUUAGAAGAAUAUGAGAGAUUAGGACAUAUGCGUCGAGUGUCACAGGAUAUAAUAGAUAACGUUUCGUAUUAUUUACCCCAUCAUUGUGUGAUUAAAUCUGAUAGCUCGACCACAAAGGUGCGGGUAGUAUUUGAUGCGUCAGCAGCAUCCUCAAGUGGUAUUUCAAUAAAUGAUUUGCAAAUGGUAGGCGCCACAGUUCAGGAUGAUCUCUUCUCAUUGCUCAUUAGGUUCCGAACUCAUCAAUAUAUCAUUUCAGGUGAUAUUGAGAAAAUGUACCGGCAGGUGUUAGUAAAUCCGAAUCAACGUUCUCUACAGAGAAUUAUUUGGCGUUUCCAAGACAACGAACCUGUACAAAUCUUUGAACUGAAUACGCUUACCUAUGGCAUGGCGUCUUCCCCAUUUUUGGCAACGAGAUGUUUAUUAGAAAUAGCCAAUCAGAUUGAAGAACGGUUGCCAAAAAUAGCUAGGAUUAUUCGAAAGGACUUCUACGUUGACGAUCUGCUGACGGGCGCGGAAACAAUCGAAGAAGCGAUAGAUAUAAGACGAAACGUGGCACAAACUUUAGAAACUUAG